AAAGCUUGAUGAUACCCCCCCCCCAAAAACAGAUAUCUUUCAGUCUUCACGUUACAAUGUACUUGUAUUAAAACUAUAUUUCGACCACAACCUGACAAAAUACGUACAAAAUACCGUAUUUUUAUACGGUCUUCUUCUUCUUCUUCUUCUUCAUAACAUAAGACACAAAAUAACACAAACAAAACCCUUCUCACUCUCUCUCUCUGUUUCUCACAAUGUUUCCUCUUAUCUUCCUCUGCUCUUUCCUCUCUCUGUUCCUCCUCCCGCCAUCGAAUCUCGCCGCCGUGAGUAACGACGGCAAGUACUUAAAGCUUCCGUUGUUACGCAAAUCUCCGUUUCCUUCUCCGACGCAAGCUUUGGCUCUAGACACUCGCCGUCUCCAUUUCCUCUCUCUCCGCCGUAUUCCCAUCCCGUUCGUUAAAUCUCCGGUGGUCUCCGGCGCAUCUUCCGGGUCGGGUCAAUACUUUGUGGAUCUUCGAAUCGGUCAACCGCCUCAGUCGUUACUUUUAAUCGCCGAUACAGGAAGCGAUCUCGUUUGGGUGAAAUGCUCAGCUUGCCGGAACUGUUCACAUCAUUCUCCGGCCACCGUCUUCUUCCCUCGCCACUCGUCAACGUUUUCUCCCGCUCAUUGCUACGACCCGGUUUGCCGUUUAGUGCCUCAACCUGGUCGGGCUCCGAAAUGUAACCAUACCCGGAUCCAUUCCACGUGUCAUUACGAGUAUGGCUACGCAGACGGUUCAUUAACUUCAGGUUUAUUCGGUAGAGAAACGGCGUCGUUGAAGACUAGCUCUGGUAAAGAGGCGAAACUCAAAAACGUCGCUUUCGGAUGCGGGUUUCGGAUCUCGGGUCAAUCUGUAUCGGGUACUAGUUUUAAUGGAGCCCAUGGAGUAAUGGGCUUGGGCCGUGGGCCAAUUUCUUUUGCUUCUCAGUUGGGUCGUCGUUUUGGUAACAAGUUUUCUUAUUGCUUAAUGGAUUACACUCUCUCUCCGCCGCCGACGAGUUACCUCAUCAUCGGAGACGGCGGCGGAAGAGGAGGAGAACGAAUCAACACCGUUUCGAAGCUUCUCUUCACCCCAUUGCUAACGAAUCCGUUCUCUCCGACGUUUUACUACGUUAAAUUGAAAUCAGUCUCCGUCAACGGUGCGAAGCUACGAAUCGAUCCUUCGAUUUGGGAGAUCGACGGUUCAGGUAACGGUGGAACCGUCGUGGACUCCGGUACAACUUUAGCGUUUUUAGCCGAUCCGGCGUAUCGAUUGGUUUUAGCGGCGAUCCGACGGCGGAUCAAGCUCCCUAACGCCGAUGAACUGACUCCCGGAUUUGAUCUGUGUUUAAACGUUUCCGGCGUUUCGAAACCGGAGAAGUUCUUGCCGAGUUUGAAAUUCGAAUUUUCCGGUGGUGCGGUGUUCGUUCCGCCGCCGAGGAAUUACUUUAUCGAGACGGAGGAGCAGGUUCAGUGUCUGGCGAUUCAAUCGGUGAAUCCAAAAGUUGGAUUCUCGGUGAUUGGGAAUUUGAUGCAGCAAGGUUUCUUGUUUGAAUUCGAUAGAGAUAGAUCACGGUUAGGUUUUUCUCGCCGUGGUUGUGCUUUGCCGUGAUUAUUAUUUUUUUUAUCCACCGGAAUAUUCGGUUCCGAUUCUCUUAAAGAUUCUUUUUUAUUUUGCGUUUUUUUCUUUUUGGUGUUCUUUUGGAAGUACGAAAUUUGGGUGACGGUUCACUGUUACCGAAAAUAGAAAUAAAAUAUUAUUUUUGGGAGUUUGUAAAAUUUCGAUUUCUAUAUUUUAAAAGAGUAUCACUGUAACUAGAGAGCAUGUGUGAAAAAAAUACUAGAAUAAAAAUGAAAUGUUUUAUUACAGAA